GGAGCCGGAAGCAGAGCUGUGACAUCAGAGCGACGCGGGGGUCAGAAGCCCUCUCUUACAGCCAUCUUGGAUCCUGUGCCCUGAACAAUCCAGAAUGCCAGGCGAAGCCACAGAAACUGUCCCUGUUACAGAGCAGGAGAUGCAUCAGCCCCAGGCUGAGACGGCCACACCUGCUGCUGCGGCUCCUGCUCCCUCUCAGGCAAAGCCUAAAGAGGGCAAAACUAACCCCAAGCUGUCCUCUUCUCCUCACACCACUGCUCCUAAGCCAGUUCCUGCUGGACGCAGGAAACGCUCCUCUCUAUCUGCCUCCUCAAGCUCCCCUACCUCUCCUAAGUCUGCCUCUGCCCCCCGUGCUACCCCACCAUGCUCCCCUUUGGCCUCUCCUCCAGCUGGCUGUCCUGUUGCUGGGAAAACUGAGCAGACUGCUCCCAAGGUGGUAAAGGCUGGCAAACAAGGGAAGCAACAGAAGGCAAAGAAUUUUAAACCUGCUGAACCUGAGCAAGCACCUCCCUCUGCCUCUAAGCCUGCUCAGGAUGCUGCACCAGUUGCAGCACUGCCAUCUCUUGCUAUACCAAAACCAGAGGUAGCAAAAUCAGCAGGAGAUGGAAAUGCUCCCCCUGUCUCUCCCAAAGUUGCUGUGGCUCCUGUUGCCUUUAAAGUAACUUCUAAAUCUGCUGCCCCAGCACCAAAGUCAUUUACAGAAGCUGUUGCCGCCAGUCCACCCAAAGUGGCUGAAGCCCCCAAGGUUGCCCCUGAAGCUCCAAAAGUAGCAACCCCUGCUGUUUCAGAAGCCAAGACUCCUUUGCCUUCAAAAGCGGCUGCUAAGCCUAACGCUGCCCAAGUGCCAAAUGUGAACCCUCCCACUGCUGCUCCCCCAAAACCUGCUCCUGCAGCAUUUGAGGAUGAUGAUCUCCCACCUCUCUUACCACCUGAGAAUCAUUUUACAAUGGCUGAUUUUCCCCCUAUGCCUCCUAGUACAAUUCCCGUAGUUACCCCACCUGCUCCUAAACCAGAACCGGUCUCUACCAGUAAAGUUGAAUCUGCCCCUAAAGCAAAGGCUGCUCCCAAAGCUAAGCCAGCUCCUAAGGCUGAACAGAAAGCAGCACCUGCUCCAAAAGUUCAGGCUGAUCCUAAAAUUGACCCUGAAGUUGCAGUCACUUCUGUCCCUAAGACUGAGGUUGCUCCUACAACUAAAGCUCAGGCCGUCCCUAAGGUUGAGGCUGCUCCUGGAUCUAAAGAAAAGUCUUCCCCUAGCCAUAAAGCUGAGCCUGUUCCUGCCCCUAAGGUUGAGGCUUCCCCUAAAGUUGAGGCUUCUCCUGCCCCUAAACUUAAGCCUGUUGCUACUCCCAAAGCUGAUGCUGCUUCUGCACCUAAAGUUAAGUCUGCUCCUAGCCCUAAAGCUGAGCCUGUUCCUGCCCCUAAGGUGGAUUCUCUCCCUAAAUCUGACUCUGCUCCUACCUCUAAAAUUGAAGCUGCUCCUGUCGUUAAAGUUAAGCCUGUUGCUGCUCCUAAAGCUGAGGUGGCGGCUGCUAAAGUUGAGGCUGUUCCUGCCCCUAAAGCUAAGCCUGCUCCUGCCCCUAAAGCUGAGUCUGCCCCUGUUUCUAAAGCUGAUGCUGCUUCGGCACCUAAAGUUAAGUCUGUUCCUAGCCCUAAAGUUGAGCUUGUUCUUGCCCCUAAGGUUGAGGCUCCCCCUAAAGCUGACUCUGCUCCUACCCCUAAAGUUGAGGCUGCUCCUGCCGCUAAAGUUAAGCCUGUUGCUGCUCCUAAAGCUGAGGUGGCGGCUGCUAACAUUGAGGCUGUUCCUGCCCCUAAAGUGGAGUCUGAGCCUGCCCCUAAAGUUAAGCCUGCUCCUGCACCUAAAGGCAAGCCUAGCCCUAAAGCUGAGGCUGCUGCUCCUAAAGCUGAGGCUGCUGCUCCUAAAGGCAAGCCUAGCCCUAAAGCUGAGGCUGCUGCUCCUAAAGCUGAGGCUGCUGCUCCUAAAGGCAAGCCUAGCCCUAAAGCUGAGGCUGCUGCUCCUAAAGCUGAGGCUGCUGCUCCUAAAGCUGAGGCUGCUGCUCCUAAAGCUGAGGCGUCUCCUGCUCCUAAAGGCAAGCCUAGCCCUAAAGCUGAGGCUGCUGCUCCUAAAGCUGAUGCUGCCCCUAAAGUUAAGUCUGCUCCGGCCCCUAAAGUUGAGGCUUCUGCCCCUAAAGUUGAGGCUGCCCCUACCCCUAAAGCUGAAUCUGUCCUUGUCACUAAAGUCGAUUCAGCCCCUGUUCCCAAACAAGUUAAAACCCCAUCCAUACUGGAGCCAGUCAUCAAGAACGACAAGGGGUCUGGCACUGAAUCUGACAGUGAUGAUUCUGUUCCUGAACUGGAGGACCAGGACUCUGCACAGGCACAAACACAGCAGGCACAGCUUGCAGCUGCAGCUGAAAUCGACGAGGAGCCAGUCAGCAAAGCAAAACAAAGCAGGAGUGAGAAGAAAGCCAGGAAGGCCAUGUCCAAAUUGGGGUUGAGACAAGUUGCUGGUGUUACCAGAGUAACCAUUCGCAAGUCCAAGAACAUUCUCUUUGUCAUCACCAAACCAGAUGUCUACAAAAGUCCAGCUUCAGAUACUUACAUUGUCUUUGGUGAGGCCAAGAUUGAAGAUCUGUCCCAGCAAGCUCAGUUAGCAGCCGCAGAGAAGUUCAAGGUUCAAGGAGAAGCCGUUUCAAACAUCCAGGAAAACACACAGACGCCCACAGUACAGGAGGAGAGCGAAGAGGAAGAGGUUGAUGAGACGGGAGUGGAGGUCAAGGACAUUGAGCUGGUCAUGUCUCAGGCCAAUGUAUCCAGGGCAAAGGCUGUGCGUGCACUGAAGAAUAACAAUAAUGACAUUGUCAACGCUAUUAUGGAAUUGACGAUGUAGAUGGAGAUCAGGGACUGGGUCACAUUAAGAUGUUGCUGAUUUGAUCUACACUAUUGUUUGUACAAUUUAUACCCAAGAGAAAUAAAUGCGUGGCUUGAUGAAAUGAUAAA